ACAGCAAGUUAUAGCUGAUCUGUUUCUGAUUGUUUUUUUGUUUAUUUACCUGGAUUUAAUUGCUCUCACCUGCCUGCCUGUCGUUGGAUUUGUUGGACUACCUUCCUGGGGUUAACCCUUACCUCCGUCACAAUUCUGUGAAUGGCUUUGGUGGGUGUCUGGGGGCUGGUUGGUGGAGGGGAAUGGCGGGUGAAGGUGAAUGGAAGAAAGUGUGCAGCUCUUCUGGGACAGGAUAAUUUGAAGGCAGUGGUGACUGGUAGGUGUUCCUGAGCGGUGCAGUCAUGGGCAGGCCGGAGGUGUUGGCCAGGCCAACAAGGGUGUUCGCUAUGGCGCUCCUGGCGCUCUCUCUCUUCUCCACAGGGAUCUCCAGCCUCCCCCAGCCGCUGCCAAGAGUGUUCCUCUCCUUUGAAGACCUGCAGGCCUCCCAGUCCUUUGAACACUACAGUAUAUCAGAAAAGCCCAUGGACUACAGGAUCCUGCAGAUGGAUGAGGACCAGGACAGGAUGUAUGUGGGCAGCAAAGACAAUGUCCUCUCCAUGGACAUUAACAACAUCACGCAUGGCACACUUAAGGUGUUUUGGCCUGCGUCUAUAAGCAAGAUAGAGGAAUGCCAAAUGGCAGGAAAGGAUCCUACGCACGGCUGUGGGAACUUCAUCCGGGUGGUGCAGCCUUAUAACAGAACCCAUCUGUUCAUGUGUGGCAGCGGAGCGUACAGUCCCGUCUGUGUGUACAUCAAUCGGGGCCGCAGACCAGAGGAACAAGUAUUUCACAUCGACUCGAAGACCGAAUCUGGAAAAGGGAGGUGCUCCUUCAACCCUCAAGUGAAUACGGUCUCCGUCAUGCUCAACCAGGAGCUGUUCUCAGGCAUGUACAUCGACUUCAUGGGGACAGAUGCUGCCAUCUUCAGGAGCCUGACCAAGAGAAAUGCAGUGCGGACAGACCAGCACAACUCUAAGUGGCUUAGUGAACCAAUCUUCAUUGACGCCCACCUGGUACCAGAUGGAUCAGACCCCAACGAUGCCAAAUUGUACUUUUUCUUCCGCGAGAGGCUGACAGAUAACAGUGGAAAUACAAAAAAUAUCCACACCAUGGUGGCCCGAGUGUGUCCAAGUGACAUCGGAGGACAGCGGAGCCUGGUGAACAAAUGGACCACCUUCCUUAAGGCCCGGAUGGUGUGCUCAGUUCUGGAGGAAGACGGCACCGAAACUCACUUUGACGAACUAGAAAACGUGUUUUUGCUGGAAACCGAUCAGCCCAAGGGCCUGUUGGUGUUUGGAGUCUUCACGUCCACAAGCUCCGUGUUUAAAGGCUCUGCAGUGUGUGUGUACAACAUGGCCGACAUCCUCACCGUCUUCAACGGGCCCUUCGCUCACAGAGAUGGGCCCAACUUUCAGUGGGUGGCCUUCCAGGGGCGCAUCCCUUACCCGAGGCCCGGAACUUGUCCUGGUGGAGCCUUCACACCGGACAUCCAUACAACAAAGGAGUUCCCAGACGACGUGGUGACCUUCGUACGAAACCAUCCAGUCAUGUUCAACCCCAUCUACCCAGUUGGUAAAAGACCUCUGGUCGUUCGGACCAACGCUGACUACAAAUACACAUCAGUGGCAGUGGACCAGGUCAUGGCUUCUGACGGCAACUACCAAGUGCUCUUCCUGGGAACAGACAAAGGUACAGUACAGAAGGUGAUUGUGCUACCAAGCAAUCAAUCCCUGCAUGAAGAUCUGAUCCUGGAGGAGCUGGAAGUCUUUAAGAAUCAAGCUCCUGUUACAAACUUGAGAAUCUCCUCGAAAAAACAACAGCUGUACGUCAGCUCGGAGUUUGGGGUUUCGCAGGUCUCCCUGCAUCGUUGUCACGCUUACGGCUCGGCCUGCGCUGACUGCUGCCUCGCCAGAGACCCCUACUGCGCCUGGGAUGGACUCAGCUGCUCGCGCUUCUAUCCCACCAGCAAAAGGAGAAGCAGAAGGCAGGACAUUAUGCAUGGAAAUCCACUCACUCAAUGCAGAGGAUUCAAUCUAAAAGCUUACAGAAACGCAGUGGAGAUGACUCAGUACGGCGUGAAAAACAACACCACCUUCCUGGAGUGUCUUCCCAAGUCUCCUCAAGCCUCUAUUCGCUGGCUCAUUCACAGGGACAAUGACCGGAGGAAGGAGGUGAAGCUGAGCGACCGUGUCCUGUCCACGGAGCACGGCCUCCUCAUCCGCUCCGUCCAGAUGUCCGACCAGGGCCUCUACAACUGCCUGACCACCGAGAACGGCUUCAAACGCACAGUCGCCAAGAUCCGCCUGCGAGUGCUGAGCGAGGCCAUGGUGAGCGUGCUGACGGACAAACAGCAGUCUCCGUGGGCCUGGGCCAGCUCGCUGCACCCCAAGAUCUUAUUGGCAGCCUUCAGUCCAGCAGAGAGCCUGGCUGUACAACAAUACUGCAAAGAGAGGAAGCAGCUGCAGAACCUCCAGCAGAAGCAGCAGCAGCAGCCUCAGCCACCUGGAUCUCUCAGGGGGGACCUGGCCAAACUGAAGCCCCUGCUGGACCGGAGGAAGAGCCGCAACCGCCGCAAUCACCUCCCAGAGGUCUGACACAGGAAGGUGCAAAAACUCACGCGUGCACCUUCCCCUGUUUCUAAACCCAGACCCUCACUUUCCAACUCUCAUCUCAAACUGCAGAGCUGCACUGUGGAUGUACAGUCAUACGAGAGGAGGUGGGUGUGGGGAGUUGUUAUUUGGGCAAUAUCUUUUUUUUUUUUUCUUGCAUGAGGUACGGUGACCAGAUGGCUGUGACAUACACAAAUACACACGCACAGGCACCCACCAGCAAAUCUCUUGCUGUCGCAGUCACAACAGACUGAAAUGGCCCCGUUUUGAGUGCCACUAAGUUGAUAUUGCUUAUGAUAAUACACCUUGACGCGCAGCUAUGGCCAAUGAUCUUAUCAUAGUUUAGAUUUUAGAGGUGGAAUUGGACUGGCUGGAUAUUAGCUCACAAUGGAUUUGUUAUGGACGGAUUGGUAAUUCGAAAUCAUGAUAAAUAGAGAAGAUUGAAAAGGGACAAAAGGGAGACGGAUGCAUGCUUGAGAGUGAACGCCCUCUCCAAGUAAACUAUUAGUAUUUUAUUAGAUUCUACUCACAUUUCUAUAUUUACUUUAAACUAACAAAGGUGUCUCUGUUCAGUGAAAUGGCUGAAAUUGCUUUGUGGGAACACAUAGGGUAAUAAAAAGUCAAUUUGUGGGUUGACUGCCUCACAUACUGUCUACAAUAGCUUUGUUAAUACAAAGAACAGAUGGCAAGUAGCCCCAAUAAAAAGAGUUAUAUUACAGUGCUGGAAGUGAAAAAUAAAUUGGGUCAAAGGUCAAUUGUAACAUCCAGUGCUGAUGUUAGAAAUAGUAGUAAAAAUACUGAGUAGCAUAACGUAAUCCUGUGUGAUUUUACAUGAUCUCUCCUGUAUUUAUUCCUAUUACUCAGACUUACAUGUAAGAGAAUCUGCCUCACUGUACUACAGCUGCAUAUUGUAUCAUACUUACCUUGUUUCUAGCACAGAAGCAUGUUUAGAGAAGUUCCUCAGUAACGUAGAGGUAUCUUAACCUGGAUUACAUUUGAGUAACUAGCAGGUACGCACAUUUUUAGUUGUACAGCAUCAUAAGGUAGAUGCUGAAACAUGACAAUGUCCUUCUUUGGAUCCACAUUUUCCACAUUGUCUACAACAAAGUGGACAUUUUUACUUCAUCAAUAGUAAUUGACAUAUGUGAAUAGACUUUUUUUCAGAAGGGUAGUUAAUGUAGAUAGAUACUAUUUGUUGCUUGUGUACAGAGUAUAUUUUUUGUUUGUUUCGUCCUUUUAAUUUAAUGUUGUGCAGAUGUUUGUGAAAAUGUGUAUAUAAUUUCAACAUGUUUCACCAGCUACGACUGUAUCUGCAAAUUGCAGAGACAUACAGUAUUGUUUUCAUUUUGAGAAAAGACUUUUUAGUCCUACCUUCCCUCUAAACUGACCUCUGCUCCACGUUUCAUAAAGCUGUCAACUCAGUGUCAUUUCAGUGUUAUGAAACAUGUAUUUCUAUUUAUUAAUGUCAUGAUAGACUGAAUAAAUCUGUUCCGAUGAAUCUCAA